AUGGAAGACCUAAUUGUAUAUCCAACUGUGUUCUCUAAAGCAACCAAUAUCAAUACAGAAUAUGAGAGUAAACUCAAGAUAGUGCUAAAUAAAAAUGAAGUUAAAAAUUACAGGACAACUUUCAUAAGAGAAAUAUAG